UUUUAUAAUUAUUCUGAAUGUUCGUAUAACAAAUAAGUAUGGCAAAUCAGGAGAUAAGUCUCAAGUGGAAUGGCUAUCAGAACAAUAUAUUGACAAAUGUGAAAGAACUCUUUAAAGAUGAAGGUUUAUCUGAUGUGACUUUGGUUUCCGAGGGUCUCAAUUUUAAGGCCCAUAAAGUGAUAUUAUCCGCCAAUAGUACUGUAUUCAGAACUAUAUUUCAGCAAAACCCCCACAAGGAUCCAAUUAUAGUCCUUCAUGAUAUUAACGCGGACUCCCUGAGGACAUUAUUAACUUUUAUGUACAAUGGAGAAGUGAAUGUUACGGAGGAAUUUUUGCCUGUUUUACUAAAAACUGCUGAGACAUUGAGAAUCUGUGGUUUGUCAACAGGCAAUGAUGCAGCGCGUGAAGCUGAAAAGACUCCCACUACACAAGCAAAGAAACGCAAAAAAAGUGAACAUGAAGACAACAAUAACAAGACUAAGAAAUGUUCUUUAAUGCCUAAAACUGAUGCUGUGAUUAAUCUUAGUGCUAGUUCAGAUCUUAUUCAAAAUUCCAAUAUUAUACCAAAAGUAGAACCUAUAGAUUCCCCACUAACAGAUUAUUCAGAAGAAAAUACAAAUGACACGGACAUAGCUUUACUUGAUGAUAGCCUUGAAAAAAAAUAUUCCAUAAACUCAGAAACAUUCUCCAGCAAAUCUAUAAGCAUGUCAAGAGACAACCGUAAUGUUAAGAAGUGGAUUAACGAAGUAAGUAGUACACAGCCCUGUCUGAAUAUAGCCAAUGAAAAGAGUAACGGUACAGAUUCAAAUGAUGAUGAUAAGGACAGUAUUGAGAUUGACAAGGAAGUUGAAACAGUGUUGCAAAGUGGCACAAUAGUUGAAUCCUUAAGUAUAACAACGGAAAAUCUGAAUUCUAUAUCCAGUGAAGCGCAGAUUUGUAAAGAUAAAAAUACAUGCUAUGCCAAUCCAUCUUUUCCUUGCCCAUUUUGUCCACGUGUCUACAACAGUUGGGGUUAUAGAAGGAGACAUGUAAAAUCCAAGCAUGUGACAAACAGGUUAUCUUGCAAGUGGUGUGUCUCUGUCUUGGCCUCGACCGGAGCGUGGUAUUCGCACGCCACUCGCGUCCACGGUGUACCCCACGAAGAAGCUCGGAACUCUCUAGUCGUGAUGGUAGAAGCACAUGCAGUUCUAACUCUGAACGAACCCAGUGUAGCACAGUUGUUGGGACAAGUUGGUAUGGUUGAAGGCACGAACAUAACAGAGAAGAGUAACUAGACAAGUGACAGACUAACCCAUGUCUAGUGAAUCGAUCCAUAAACAUGAAAAGAACAAAACGUCGGGUCGUUGCUACAUUGUUCUAUCUUAUCUACAUGGAAACGACUCUCCGGACUCUCUAUCGACAUAUUAUUUUACCACUUGUGUAUGUUUUGAAACUUUUUUCACGGUUGUUUAUACCCAUAUCCUGAUAAUAUUAUUUAAGAACUCCAGAUAUUUAGAAUUUUGUUUUAUAAUUUAUAGUUUCCAAAUCGAUCAAUUUGUGUUGUGUGUAAUAAAACCGACUGAAAUUAAUCUGGAAUAUAAAUCUGAGUACAUAUGUAUGAUCUAAAACAAUCUCUAUGAAUUAUUGGCCUACAAAUAAAAUGUGAUAUUUAUAAAUAGAUCUGUUUGAAGCAUACUUAUUUAGAAACAGAUUUUUGCUAAUAUGAUGGCAUUAGUGGACUUUUGUGUAGUUGGAUGGUAUGAUAUACUUCUACUUAUUUUUUUACUGCUAUAAAAUUGAAAGAUAUUUAAAACUAUUUUUAAAAGGACACAUUUGAUUUUGUAAUGACAUAAAACAAACCCCCGUGAUUAAUAUAGGAUUUUUUUAUUAUCAUAAAAUUAAUAAUUAUAAAUUUUAAGAAUUGAAUAUAUACACAAUUACAAGGAUGUAGUUAGGAACUUAAAAUGAAAGAGGUAUAUUUUUAAAAGAAAUGAUAAAAUCGAAGAUUCAAACCUCUUGUUUUGAAGAAUGGUUUGAAUUUUAAGUCAUGCGAACUUUAAAUACUUUUCCUUCACUCCAAAAUGCAAAUAGUCUUUAUUAAAAUUGUACAAUAUUUAGAAAUUUACAGUGUGAUAUAUGCAUACUAUAUAAGUAAAUACUUACGUGAAAUGACGACUACAGACAAUUAAUUUAAACAUUCUUAAAAAGGGACAGUUUAAAACUAACAAAUAAUUUAUUUUUAUAAAAUUAAAUUAAAUAAUAGAACCUUUGUAGGGCCCUAAAUUAAUGUAUGACGAUGACCAAAUACACUUAUUGGUCCUAAUUUUUAACUGUUUUCAAUAAAAACAUUACAUAUAGCUAAACUAUAAGUUAUUAUAUAUGCGUAACUGUAUAAUGUAUUAAAAAAUGCAAUUAAUUUUAUCAUAUAGUCGCUCAGGAUUACUGCGAUAGAUUUUCGUUUUAAUCUUAUAUACUGCAUGGUAGAGAUUUCAAUGUAUAUACAGGUUAGUUAUACAGAGUGUACGAUUUAAAGGCUAGUGAUAAUUCAUGAAACUAAACAAAUCUUCCCAAGUAGUAAAGUGGAUAUUAGAAAAUAUUUAUUAAAACCAGUGAUCAAUUUAAUAUGAAAUAUUUAAAAAAUAUUAUGCAGAUUUCUAUUUUGUUUUUCGUUUAGUUUUGUCAGUAUUCUAUCUGGCUUUUGACUUGUAUACUCUUUAGGAAUUCCUGUAUAUGUUAUGGACUAAGUAAUUAUUAGGACAUUGCUUAUAACGUCAACACAAAAGGUAUGUUUUACAAGUCGUCUGUGUGGGCACCUAUGUCUUAUCUACUUCAGCCGACAAGCGUGUUUUGUAAUGUCUGUUUCAGUUGAAGCUGUUUUUAUAUGGCAGUAUAAUUACAGGAGGAUAACAUCUGAAUCUUCCGGAAUAGCAACGGAUGAAGGAUGGCAAGGGCUUCGCAUGAUGACGUAUUAUACGUGGUUCUGUUUAUAUAGUCACGUUGCUACUUAUCAGGCGGGCUAUCUUGCCAUUUCAAUUACACUAAAAAAAAUACAAAAUCUUAUAUCUUUUCACCUCACACAAUGAGGUGAGGUGAAAAGAUAUAAGAACAUAGUCUACUUAUACUUGUAAUUAUUUAUAUUGGUUACAUAUUCUAAAUAAUGCCCUGAUGAAUCACUUGGUCCAUGAUAUAUAUGAUUAAAAUUAAGUUAUGACGUGUCUUAAAUAUGAUUACGUUGUGAUGAUCUCAAGUAAGGCGUUUGGUUAAUUUACAAUAUUAAUUUAAUAAGAUUCAUUAUCCAAUUUCCAUUUAACAUUAAAUAGUAUUAGAUAUAUUUCUUAUUUUUAAUGAUAAAUCAUUAGUUUUUUAAUUAAAGAUAUUUUCUAAUUUUAGAUUUAAUUUAAUUGUGACGAUAUUUUAUACAUUACAGUUGACAAGUCAGUAAGGGAUAUCCAAUUAAAACGUGAGGCAAUUUUGAUAAUUUAAAAACCCCUUCAUUCCUUGGUGAGGUGUUAUGAGAUAAACUUUACUUCCUUGCUUAAUUCUCACCUGAAAAUUUCUGCGUUCGACUGGCCCGAACUAAACAAUUUAGAUGCCACAAUAAUAUUUGUUGCAUAACCACAAUAAAUAUUAUUGGGUGAGAUUCAAACAUAAUUCGGUUGUUUUAGGUAUUUAAUUGAUCUUGUUUUCUGGUAAUAUUUUACAAUAUUUUGUGGGAACUAAAAUGGUCAUGUUUGCUUCAUAUUAUUGAUGGAUGCCCCUGAAUGGAAGCAUUGGAUAUUGAUAUUAAUAUUGUUGGUAUGCUUUUACUACGUAAUCAAUAGUAGGACAUGAGUUGUCAGUGCCUUCUACUCGUCCAUACGUCAUGUAUAUGUAUUAAUUAAGUGCAUACAGUCCAUAAUGACUAUAUUAUUUUUCUCGUACAUGAUUAUUUUUGUUUACUAAAGAAUACUGCUUCUAGCAUACUUUCUAUUAAGGCAUUCAAGUAACGUAUUUUAAUUUUCUUCAUUAAAAAUAAUGAAAGAUAAAAACAAAUCAUAAUAAUUCAUAGCUUUUAAACUUCGAUUAUCCAAAUUCAAAUACUUAAAUAUGGAUAAUCGAAGUAUAAAAGGUAUGAAUAAUAUAUAUUACUAAGUACGAGGUACUCUUAUAUUACCUUAUAAAGAGAUCUUCUAUAUAAUAUGUAUUUUUAUAAAAGGAUUUAUGAUACGGAAUUUUUUACACGUAUUAUAUCAGCAUUGUGGCCUAUAAAUGCACAGCAAAUAAUGUAUUACCAUGUCACUUUUUAUAUUAAUAGUAAUAUGAAUAUAUUAAUGGUUUGAGUAAUAAUAUGCGAAUGGUUUCGGAAUCAGUAGAUUGAAAGAUGUUUUCGAGGUGUGUGUGUGUGUGUGACAGAAGAAAUAUUGACUGAAUUCAUAGAGCUUAAGAUAUGUCUAGGUUAAGAAAAUGCUGGUAUUUUUAUAUGCUUUUAGAUUAUUUUCUAAUAUUACUAGUUGUAAGUCAAUUAUUAAGAUAUUUGGCAAUAAAUUUAGGAUGUGAUUGGUACUAAAAAGAAAGUUAUAUUGAAAUCGUGUAUUGGCAAUGUUCAAUAAUAUAUAUUAUUAUUAUAAAUUCUAAAACAUAUAAAAGAGAUUAAUUAAAUAAUAAGAAAAAUCCGGGGAUAAAAUGGUAUAUUUUUGUAACUUAUUGUACUAGAUAUUUUGGUAUUGUUUGAAAGCAUUAAAAUUACAACAAAAAGGCAGUUGUGACUUUGUGAUUCUAAUAAACAAUACAAUAAAAUGUAUUACCGUAAUUUAAUAUGUAAGUAUUAAUAUGUAAUAGUUGGUAUCUAAUGCAAUGUUCUUAUGAAUAACAUAUCGAUUGUACAAAUAAUUGUGAAGAGCUUCAAAGAAACAGGACUCAUACAUACAUUAUAAUUACCAUUCUGCGCAAUCGAAGGAUAUUUUGUCAGUAGCUACAAAACUGAGUAUUUGCAAGGACACGUGUAUAUGUUAUAGCGUGAAAUAUUAUUCUAUUACAAGUUUGUACGCCGAGAAUUUCCCUCGAUUGCGCAGGUUUAAAGAUUGUAAUAAGAUGGGUGAGUAUAUCAACUCAUGUCAAUCAUUGUUUGAAUUAUACAUACUAUCAUAGCACGUCUUUACAGUGUUAUAUAAACGAAGGAAAAGAAAUCGGCCAUGUAUCCACAGAACAUUAAUUUCAUUUGAAUGAAGUUAAAUAACAAUUUGUCUAUUUAUAAUUUGGUCCUUUGAGUCAAUAUUCAAUAUUUCUCUUAAUUUGCUGCUGUUAUAAAAUGUUUCCACGGACCCGUUAUGUUACUUUCGAGUCACACAGAAAUUGUAAACUGAAACAAAUGUAGGUAUACCAAAUACAUUUGUUUCAGUUUACAAUUGACAUGCUUGUAGGAAAUUUGACAUAUUAUGUAAAAGAAUUUUAGAAUUAUUUAAGUGCCAUCAGUGCUCACCCAUCUUAGUAAAAUUUUGAACGGAUAUUAAUUCCAUAUUAUCUAGAAACUAAAAUAAUACGACCACUCUCUCUAGUUAUUUAAGUAAAUGAUAAGUUACCAAAGCAAUGUUUGAUUUAGGUAUGUUUAGAUGGAUUAAAAAUUGAUAUAUUUUUAUAUGAAGUGAUGAAUCCCUAAGAUAUUAUUUUAUUAUUAAGAAAAAUUGUGUGUAAAAUUUACGCCAUAAUUCGAUUUAAGGGAAACUUUGUAUCCAAUAUACUUAACUCUGUUGAUACACCUACCAAACCAUUAUAAUAAUACUUAUUAAAAAUAUAAUAAAUUCUUAUGACUUAACAUAAAAUGUAUGGCUUUAAAACUUAAUUAUCUAAAAUUAAUAAUAUUUACGCCAUAAUAUUGUUUAAAAAGUAUAGAUGAGGACUUCCAAACA